AUGUCCGCGGGAUCCGACUUGCCACCCCUCCCUUCUUACACCCUCACGCCCGUCAAACCUCUCGUCCCCUUUAUCUCCGACUUCUACCUCUCCCUAUUCCUCCCAAUCGCCGCGUACUGGAUCUUCUCUCUCUUCUUCCAUUAUGUGGAUGUUAUGGACCUAUGGCCGCAAUACCGAUUGCACACUCCUGCCGAGAUCCUCUCGAGAAACCACGUCUCCCGGUACGAAGUGGCCCGCGAUGUUAUCAUCCAGCAGGUGAUACAGACGGUCGUCGGCGCACUGCUCGGCUUCACAGAGCCAGAGGACGUCACAGGAAAGGAGUGUUAUGAUAUUGCCCGUUGGGCUACAAGAUUACGGCUUGCACAGAGAGCGCUUCCGCCGCUCCUGGGCUUCCUUGGCCUGAACGCCGCGGCUAUCUCCAAGAAUGUCUCGGGGUCGCAUCCCAUGAUUGCGGCGGUUCUGGCUGGUGGUAAAUACCCGUCUCUGGAGGUGGGCUUGGACGUUUUGACCGGCUCACCUGUUCCGACCUUUGCCGCUUGGGAGAUGCUCGUGGCCAGGGCUAUCUACUAUUAUAUCGUGCCUGCCUUGCAGUUUGCGCUGGCAAUCUUCAUCGUGGAUACAUGGCAAUACUUCCUCCACCGGGCAAUGCACAUGAAUAGGUGGCUCUACACAUCAUUCCAUUCCCGCCACCACCGUCUUUAUGUCCCGUACGCCUUUGGUGCCCUGUACAACCAUCCCUUCGAAGGAUUCCUCCUCGACACUCUUGGUGCUAGUCUUGGCUACAAGCUGUCUGGUAUGACUGCACGUCAGGGAAUGGUGUUCUUUGUAGUCUCGACGCUCAAGACUGUUGAUGACCACUGCGGCUACUCGUUGCCAUGGGAUCCAUUACAGCGUAUCACAGGCAACAACGCCGGAUACCACGAUAUCCACCACCAAAGCUGGGGCAUCAAGACCAACUUCUCACAGCCGUUCUUCACGUUCUGGGACCGAUUGCUGGGCACCAUCUGGAGCGGAGACACAAGUGCCAGAUACGAGCGGACGAGAAAGGCAGCACAGUCCAAAGUAGCCGCGGAGAAGGCGGCAUCAUGA